AUGUACUGUGCAAUACAUACAUACAUACCUACAUACCUACAUACCUACAUACAUACAUACAUACAUACGGCUUCCGAUCUGCAGUCAGCCAGCAGUCAAUCGACACCAGUACGUGUUUACCUCCUCUUGGUUUCAUUUGGAUUACUGGAUAGUGUCUGGCUUGUAAGCCCAUCCCAGAUAACCCACUCUGUUUCUGCCUGCCAAUCUGGGCACCGACUCGCAGUGCUUCUGUGGCCCUCAUUUAUCCCGAAGUUCUUAUCCAGGCACACCUCUACCCCUUCCCGGACGCCUGUCACACAUCAUGGGCCACAUGGAUCUUCAACGCACUGCUGGUCACGAGCAAGCUUUGGCAAACUGAGUUCUAGCCCCCAAGGCGUGGCCCCCUGUGAGCAGGAUUUGGGCGUAUGUUCAGGAGCCUACCCUCUCCAGCCUAUACAGUUCAUCGAGCGGUGUAGGGACACCGCAAGUAUCUUGUUUCUAUAA